GGGGGGGGGCACUGAAGACAUGCCCCAGACUACAGCGGAGUAAACACUCUGUUCUGACUAACAGAGCCACGGCACAGCCAUGACCAGCCUGCAGGACUCGGGCUUCUUCGAGGCCAGUAUCUGGUCUCUGCUGAAGACAUGGAGCAGCACCUCCCCUGGAUACAGCAAGCCCUCUGUGGUCCCGGUGUGUUCUGCCCUGGGCGAGAAGGGCCCCCCAGACAUGACGCCCAUCAGCGUGGACCCAGAGAGCCGGCCGGGCGAGUACGUCCUCAAGAGCCUCUUCGCCAACUUCACCAGCAUCUCCGAGCGUAAGAUUCGCAUCAUCAUGGCUGAGCCACUGGAGAAGCCAUUAACCAAAUCGCUUCAGAGGGGUGAGGAUCCACAGUUUGACCAGCUGGUGUGCACCAUGAGCUCACUGGCGGAGUACUGCCUGCCUUCUCUGCUGCGCACGCUCUUCGACUGGUACAGGAGGCAGAGCGGCACAGACCACGAGUCCCAGGAGUACACACCGCGCUCCAGCGCCAAGGCCAGAGUUGAUGAGCAGCAGAGAGAUUAUCUGCUGGAGAGGAGAGAUCUGGCCAUCGACUUCAUCUUUUCUCUCGUGCUCAUAGACGUUCUGAAGCAGAUGCCCCUCCACCCAGUCCUCGACACUUCGGUCCAUGAAGUCAUUAACUUGGCUUUCAAGCACUUUAAAUACAAAGAAGGGUACCAUGGUCCCAACACUGCCAACAUGCACAUUGUAGCAGAUCUCUAUGCAGAAGUUAUAGGGGUCUUGGCCCAGACAAAGUUCCCGGCCGUGAAGAAGAAGUUUCUGGGGGAGCUGAAGGAGCUGCGUCAGAAGGAGCAGAACCCCUACGUGGUCCAGAGCACCAUCAGCCUGAUCAUGGGCCUCAAGUUCUUCAGGGUGAAGAUGUACCCCGUCGAAGAGUUCGAGGCCUCCUUCCUCUUCAUGCAGGAGUGCGCGCAGUUUUUCUUGGAUGUGAAAGACAAAGAUAUCAAACAUGCCCUGGCUGGCCUCUUCGUGGAGAUUCUGGUCCCUGUUGCAGCGGCUGUGAAGAAUGAGGUGAACGUGCCUUGUCUGAGAAACUUUGUGGAGAGCCUGCAUGACACCACGCUGGACCUGUCCACCAGAAAGAAACACUCCCUGGCUCUGUACCCGCUGGUCACGUGCUUGCUGUGUGUCAGUCAGAAGCAGUUCUUCCUGAACAGAUGGCCAGUCUUCCUCGGUAGUUGCCUCACCAGUCUGAAGAGCAAAGACCCAAAGAUGGCACGUGUAGCCCUGGAGUCUCUCUACCGCCUCCUGUGGGUCUACAUGAUCCGCAUCAAGUGUGAAAGCAACACUGGAACACAGGGCCGGCUGAACAGUAUUGUGAGCACACUGUUCCCCAAAGGUUCGCGCGGCGUAGUCCCCAGAGACAUGCCUCUCAAUAUCUUCAUCAAGAUCAUCCAGUUUAUUGCCCAGGAGAGGCUUGAUUUUGCCAUGAAAGAAGUCAUCUUUGAUCUGCUGUGUGUCGGAAAACCUGCCAAAGCCUUUAGCCUUAAUCCAGAGAGAAUGAAUAUCGGCCUCCGAGCUUUCCUGGUCAUUGCUGAUAAGAUACAGCAGAGGGAGGCUGAGCCGCCCAUGCCCCACGCCGGAGCCAGCCUGCCAUCUGGGAGCUCCCUGUACGUGAAGAAGAGCUACCUGAGCAAGGCACUCACCGAGAACGAGGCCAAAGCCAUAGGAAUGUCUCUCUAUUAUUCCCAAGUUCGGAAAGCUAUUGACAACAUCCUGAGACAUCUGGAUAAGGACGUCGGUCGCUGUAUGAUGCUAACCAAUGUCCAGAUGCUCCACAAGGAACCCGAGGACAUGAUCAGUGGCGAGAGGAAGCCCAAGAUUGACCUGUUCAGAACGUGUGUGGCCGCAAUACCGCGCAUCCUUCCCGAUGGCAUGACCAAGCUGGAGCUCAUUGACCUUCUAUCUCGGUUAACCAUCCACAUGGAUGAUGAGCUACGGCUGAUAGCCCAGAAUUCUCUGCAGAGCCUGCUGGUGGACUUCCCGGACUGGUGGGAGGAGGUUCUUCUGGGCUACAAUGGCUUCCUGUUGCGGGAGGUGCCGGACACGCACCAGGCCCUGCUGGACUCCUCCAUCAAGCUGCUCCUCCAGCUCCUCACGCAGUGGAAGCUGGCUCUCCUGGCCUCCAGCAGGAGCCCGGACUCCGAGACAGCCUAUGCAGCUACGUUCUUACAGCCUGCUCCAGGCCCCAGGCUGUCUGGCGAGCGCUCUCCUCCCGCAGUGGCGCUCCAUGCUCUAGAGGGCCUAGCUCUGGUGCUGCUCUGCUCCUGUCACAUCACCACACGGAAGCUGGCGGUGGCUAUCCUCCGAGAAGUCCGUCUGCUGCUCCUCACUGCUGGACACGCCGAGGAAGCGGAGAGACCGUUACUGGACGUGCUGGACCAGGUGAGCCCAGUGGUGCUGGAGACCUUCGCGCACGUAGUGAGCGACACGGCGUCCCUGCCCACGAGCCAGCGGGCCGACCUGCAGUGGCUGGUGGAGUGGAACGGCACGCUGCAGUGUUGCCCCGGCGACGUGCACAGCCCAUCCCGCGUGUGGGUGGUGGCCCAGGUGGCGCGCGAGCCCUGGGCCCUGUGCCUCUACAGCCUGCUGAGACAGGAGCACGUGCCCCGGCACUGCUCCACGGCCCUCAGCCACGCCUGGGCGUGCGCCUUCACACGCCUGCAGAUGCUCACGCCCCUCGUCGAGCCCAGCAACCCGGCUAAUGCCAAAAAGACGAGUGCGGUGGGCUUGGGUGACAGCCACGUGGCCCUGUGGAGGAACUACUUGAUCUUGUGCUUCGGUGCGGCCAAGCCGAGCAUCGUGAGCUUAGGGCACCUCCGAGCCUCCACUCCCGAGAUCAUAACCCCGGCCAGCGACUGCGGUGGUGCCUUUGACAGCAAGGUGGCGGGGACGCCGUCGGUAUCCUGGCUCCUGAAGCAGCUGGUCCCUUUUAUGCGCUCUGAGAACUUGGAGAUCACGGACGCUCUGGCGCUCGGCUUCGGCCAGGCCAACUCCCUCAUCUUCAGAGACCUGAUAGAAGAACUGCAUCCUCUGAUGAAGGAAGCUUUGGAACGGAGACCAGAGAAUAAGAAGCGCAGAGAGAGGCGAGAUCAGCUGAGACUACAGCUGCUUCGGAUCUUUGAGCUGCUGGCGGACGCAGGGGUUAUCAGUGACAGCACUAAUGGAGCCCUGGAACGUGAUACUCUCGCCCUGGGCACUCUGUUUUUGGAAUACGUGGAUCUGACCAGGAUGCUCCUGGAAGCUGAGAAUGACAAAGACAUGGAGAUUCUCAGAGACAUCCGAGCUCACUUCAGUGCCAUGGUGGCGAACCUCAUACAGUGUGUCCCUGUGCAUCAUCGCCGCUUCCUGUUUCCACAGCAGAGCCUGCGGCAUCACCUGUUCGUCCUUUUCAGCCAAUGGGCUGGCCCCUUCAGCAUCAUGUUCACGCCUCUGGAUCGCUAUAGUGACAGGAACCAUCAGAUUACUCGAUACCAAUAUUGUGCCCUGAAGGCCAUGUCCUCUGUGCUUUGCUGUGGCCCUGUAUUCGACAGCGUGGGCCUCUCUCCUGAUGGUUACCUUUACAAGUGGUUGGAUAACAUCCUGGCCUGCCAAGAUCCCCGGGUGCACCAGCUGGGCUGUGAGGUGGUGGUCCUUCUGUUGGAGCUCAACCCAGACCAGACGAACCUGUUCAGCUGGGCAGUGGACCGCUGCUACACCGGCACCCAGCCGCUCACCUCCGGCUGCUUCAGGGCCAUCGCCGCCGUCUGCGGAAGCAGAAACUACCCUUGUGACAUUGUGACGCUACUCAAUCUCAUCCUGUUCAAAGCAUCAGACACCAGCAGGCAGAUCUAUGAAACUGCUAUGCAGUUAAUGCAUAUUCUGGAGGCUAAGCUGCGUGUGUUCUCUAAGCGGACAGUGGAGGAGAGUAGCAGCAGUAUUCUCCAUGGCACCCACAGGCCUCUGCCUCCACUCUAUAGCCUGUCUCUGACUCAGCUCUCUGGCCAACUCGCCACGAUGUACCCAGAGCUCACCCUUCCCCUCUUCUCAGAGGUCAGCCAGAGGUUUCCCACCACCUAUCCUAAUGGGAGGCGGGUGAUGUUAACCUACCUGCUGCCGUGGCUCAGAAACGUCGAGCUAGUGGAUGGGGGUCUGUGGGCAGCCACUUCCAGCCCCUUCCACCCAGCAGAUGCGAGGAAGAGGCGGAGCCCUGGCAUGGGCCCGCCCUCUCCGCACCUCCCAGGCACGGGGUGGGGUUCCCCUCAGGCCACCCUGUUUGUUCUCAACAACCUCAUGUUCAUGACCGCCAAGUAUGGCGACGAUGUACCUGGUCCAGAGAUGGAAAACACCUGGAACGCACUGGUCUCCAAUGACAAAUGGAGCGGUAACCUGCACACUGCGCUGCAGUUCCUCGUUAGCCUGUGCGGGGUGGCUAGCGACACCCCUCUCCUGCCACACAUUAAGAAAGUGGUCGCCUACCUGUGUCGUACCAGCACCACCCAGACGAUGGAGGAGCUGCUCUUUGACCUUCAGCAGACAGACCCCGUUAACCCCGCGGUGCAGCACAGCAACAGCCCUCCGUACUACCGCUUCUCUGCCACCAGCAAGAUCCCCACUGUCACCUCUGACACAUCCUGCAGUGCCAUACUUGCUGCUGGCCAGGAAAAUGUCCCUGACACCCAACACACAAAUGUGGCAAAGGACACUGAAGACAGGCUGAGCAAUGUGACGAGGGCCCACCAUAGCCGCCUGGAGUCCCGCUACAGUGACAGUUCUGGAGGAUCCUACGACGAGGAAAAGAGUGAGCCCCUUCCACUGUGUGCCGGUUGGCUGUUGAAUGUUCUGGAGGCCAAUCAGCCGCUCCCUUUACCCAUGCCUGCCAACGGAGGGUGCUGGGCACCUCUGGUGGACUACUUGCCGGAGACGGUUUCCCCGCGGGGUCCUCUGCACAGGUGUAAUAUAGCAGUGAUCUUUACGACGGAGCUGGUGUCGGACCACGGUGUGAGAGUGGACUGGGCCAUACACCUACCCCUCCUGCUCCAUGCACUCUUCCUGGGGAUGGACCACUGCCGACCCGAGGUAUUCGAACACUGCAAGCGUCUGCUGCUCCACCUGCUCCUGGUGCUCUGCUGUGGGCGGAGCCUCCCCCUCAGCACCUCGGACAUGCACCACGGCCACGAGGCUGACACUGCCUCGGCCAAAGGCCUCUCUGUUCGGCCCAGCUACCCCGGAGAGCUCUUCUACACGGCUGUGGUGGAUUUCCUGCGGGAUGGUCAGGCGUCUCCGGUGCCAGACUCAGGGCUGAGCUCAUCCUCCACAUCGUCAAGCCUGAGCCUGGGGGGCGUCAGCAGCACCCUACAGCACCUGCCUACCCUGUACACCCACGAGGCCGAAACGCUGGACCCAAGCGCCGAGGCUGAGGAGAAGAGCAGCAAGCUUGUGGAGUUCCUCACCACCAGUGACAUACAAGAACUGAUUGAGGAAAUGACACGUCUCACAGCCUGUGACAUACCAUCGGACCCCACAGGCCUGCCGUUUGGACCUCUGUGGUGUCAUGAAGACAUCACCCAUAAAAACCAGCACUCCAAGAGUGCUGAGCAGCUCACCAACUUCCUAAGACAUGUGAUCUCUGUCUUCAGAGAGUCCAAAUCAGACAUGCAUCUAGAGCAGCAGCUCAGUGACGUGGCUCUGCAGGCGGCUCUGUGCAGCUCGUCCCGGCACUACGCCGGCCGUUCCUUCCAGGCGUUCCGCGCUCUGCACCAGCCGCCGUCUCUGCUCGCCGUGUCCGACCUGCUGUCCCGGCUGGUCGAGGUGGUCGGGGAGCAUGGCGAGGAAGUGCAGGGCUACGUGAUGGAGCUGCUUCUUACUCUUGAAUCAGUGGUGGACAACCUUGCAGAAUGCCUGAAAAACAAUGAUUUAAUGGCCAUUGUCACAAGGGCUUCUUCUCCAGACCUCCCAGCUGAUGGCGGACUCGCCCUGGAGCAGAAGAGUUGCGGUCACGUGGACUUGCUUCUCAGCUCGAACACGGCGACUGAGCAGAUACGCCACCAGCGGAGCUACUCUGUGCCCAAGCGUUUCAGCGAGGUGGAGCGUUCGUCUGAUGUUCCCCGUAGUGCCACACUGGACCGCAUCCAGGCCUGCGUUCACCAUCACCACGGCAGCCCAUCCAAGCCCCGCCCCUGCUCUGCCGCCUGCUCUGCCAACGGCGCGCUUUCCACCGACGCUGACCAGCCCUGCAGCCUGCUGGCCACCAUCUUCUGGGCAGCCGUGUCUCUCAUGGAAUCGGACUUUGAGUUUGAGUACCAGAUGGCCCUGCGCAUGCUGAGCAAGCUGUUCACCCACAUUUCCCUGGACAAGCAGGAGAACGUGGAGAAGUUGGAGAAGGUACAGAGCCAGCUGAGAUGGAGCAACUUCUCCGGCCUGCAGCGACUCCUGCUCAAGGGCUUCACCUCGGCCGCCACCACCGAGCUCACGCUGCUGCUCUUCUCUCAGCUCACACCCGUCUCGCGCCUGUCUGUGGUGGACACGUCCCAGGACAUAGGGUUCCCGUUGAACGUGCUCUGUCUCCUUCCUCACCUACUGCUGCACUUCCACUCGCCCACACCUUUCUGCAAGGAGGCAGCGGAGAGGAUAGCACAGGUCUGCCUUGAAGAAAAGAACGCCAAGUUGGCCAACCUUGCUCACGUGAUGACACUAUACAAAACCCACUCGUACACGCGUGACUCCUUCUCCUGGGUGAAUGUGGUGUGUCGUUACCUGCACGAGGCCUUCAGUGAAAACACCCUCAGCUUGGUCACCUACAUGGCCGAGUUGCUGGAGAAGGGUCUGGCCAGCAUGCAGCAGAGUCUUCUGCAGAUUAUCUACAGCAUGCUGGCCCACAUGGACCUGGGCAACAUCCAGGCUGAGGCCUUCAACAUGGAGGUGCUGAAGAUCAUUGAGAAGUUUGUUCAGACAGCCCACUGGAAGGAGGCUUUGAACAUUUUGAAGCUGGUGGUGUCGCGGUCUGCCAGCCUAGCCCUGCCUUCGAGCCCUCCCAGCUGUAGCGUCUCCCAUGUGGACAUCAGCCGUGUGUGGGAUGUCACCUUGAAAUCACUGCCCGGGAAGACGCUCGACUUCCACUUUGACAUCUCGGAGACCCCAGUGAUUGGUCGACGGUAUGAUGAUCUCCACGGUUCCCCAGGGAGCGAUGGGAAGGUCAGGGGCAUGGUGGCGGUGAGCUGCAGCACAUCCACCACCUCCUCUGGCUCCAACAAAACCAACCACGUGCUGGUGCCUGUCAGCUGGAAACGGCCGCAGUCCUCUCAGAAGAGAACACGUGAGAAGCUGGUGAAUGUGUUAGCCCUUUGUGGACAACAAGUGGGGCUGACCAAAAACCCUUCGGUGAUCUUCUCAUCCUGUGGAGAACUGGAUCUGACUGACCAGCAGCCCAGCUUGAUCUGCUCGGAGGACGGCACACGGGACCUGGAGAACAUGGAUGACACAGCUUCGGAACAGCAGUUCCGUGUUUUCCGCGACUUUGACUUCUUGGAUGUGGAGCUGGAAGAUGGAGAGGAACUGCAGGGGGAGACGGUGGACAGCUUUAACUGGGGAGCACGGCGGCGUUCUGUGGACAGUCUGGACGGGGUGGAGACGCAGCCCCUGGAGGAACUGAGCUCGGACAGCUCCCGCAGCCUGGGAGCCUUGGCCCACCAGGACUCGGAGGAGUCAUCCGAGGAAGACUCGCUCAUCGCUGGCCAGGUGCUGGCCGACUCGCAACUUAAUGUCAGCAUGUCCCCCACUGAGCUGGGGAACCACAUGGAUGCUCUGUCCCCCUCCCUGGAUCUGAUCCUGGCCGAGCUGCCUUCUCCACCCACCCCGGCGCCUGCACCCGACACAAUUCUGCCAGAGGACAUCACCCUGCGGACUGAGUUGCCGGUGGACGAUGAGGACACAAGCCUCCACGAGGACGACGUCUCUCUCUGCAUCAGCGAGCUUCCCGCUGGCUUCAGUCCCUCAGGCAGCCUGACGCUGGAUGUUCUUGCAGAGGACAGGGGGGACGUAGAGUCAGACCUCAGCUGUCCGCCCAGUGGGUUUGGUGAGCAGUGCCACCCGAUGCUGCCGGACGAGGAAGAGAGGGACGGUCUCCCGCUGGAGUCCAGCUCCUCCUCGCCCCCUCCUUCACCCUUCUUCUCCGCCAUCCUGGCCGCCUUCCAGCCGGUGGCUUGCGACGACGCCGAGGAGGCCUGGCGCCUUCACCUCAACCAGCUGGUGGCCGACACGGACGGCUCCUGUGCUCUCUACACUUUCCACAUCUUCUCCUCGCUCUUCCAGAGUAUCCAGUCCAAGUUCUGUGCAUUGACCUGUGAUGCAGCUGGAUAUCUUGGCGAUGGCCUUCGUGGAAUAGGAGCGAGGUUUAUAAGGUCGUCACAGAUGUUGACAUCCUGCUCAAAGUGCCCCACUCUGUUCAUAGAUGCUGACACAAUUGUCUCCUAUGGACUGCUGGAGAAAAUGAAGUUCAGUGUUUUGGAACUGCAGGAGUACCUGGACACCUACAACACCAGGAAGGAAGCGGCCAUCUCGUGGUUGCGAAAUUGCAAGGCAACCUUUCCGAAAGGCUCUGGGGAUGGGAUGAUCACGUACCCACCUGCUGAAAUUGAGGAUAAGCAAAUGGAAUCUCUGGCACAACUGGAACUGUGUCAAAGACUCUACAAACUCCACUUUCAACUGCUUCUGCUUUUUCAGUCCUACUGUAAACUAAUCGGUCUGGUCCAUGCUGUCAGCUCUGUCCCAGAGCUGCAGAACAUGUCCAAGGAGCUGAACGACCUGAAGAGGAACCUGGGGGUGGCAGCAGCUUCAGUGGCGGGCGAGCAGGCAGUCCACGGCAGCGACCUGUCCGGCGGACCCUCCUUCAGCUCCUCAGAGGCUGCAGUGCAGGCCAUCCUGGAGAGUCUGAAGAGCAACGAGUUCCCCACAGCCGUCCGUUACAUCCAGGAGUGCAGGAGGAUGUGGCCAAGUGACAUUUUUGGCAGUAGCUCAGAGAACGAGACACAGACUCUCCUCAACAUCUACUUCCGGCACCAGACGCUUGGUCAGACGGGCACGUUCGCUCUAGUGGGCUCCAUGCAGGACCUGUCUGAGGUCUGCUCGCGCCUCACCGAGCUGAACUGCGAGGUCCGCGACAUGAUCCGCCGGGCACGUGGCUACCGAGCCAUUGCCGCCUUCCUGCCCGACUCCAGCGUGGCGGGGAUCAGCCUGUGACCUGCUGCCUCGCUGGCUGCUGCCAGGGCUUCCUCCUCUCCUCGGCCCUGUCUGAAGAUGCUGCAGCUGUCCUCCACCCACCAACCCCAGGUGCCUACAUCAGGCCAAGGCUGGAUCUAGUGUGCUCCCCUGUCUCUGGGUGACAGAAUAUAACUCAGAACUCUAAUAAUAAAAAAUAAAAAAUAAAUCAUUGUAAAACUUUUGGAGUCUUGGGUAAAAAAAAGAAAGAAAGGACACUGUGGCAUUUAUUGCACUAAUGCCAGUACAUAUGAUGUCACAGGGCAGUUCCUUCUGCCCUGAAGUGAAAGGACUCCCACUGCUACAGGCAAAGAGGACAAAACCAAAGCUCCAUGCCCACGUGAAUCGUUGUAAAAGUUAAGGGAAAACGUGCAAUGCUUCACGUAACGUGAAAAAAACUUUUACUGUAUCUUCAGGAGAUGGUUCUGACUGCAGUGCUUUGAGCUGCUUGAAUACCGUAGCAGGUGGAAUUAUGCUAAACAACCCGAAUAAAGCUGUGUGGGUGUGAUGGGAGGAAAGGGAUGUGGCAACCAUCCAUGGACUGGCUCGGUCCACUGAGUUACACAUGCUGUACACACACACACACACACACACACACACACACACACACACACACACACACACACACACACACACA